AUGAACCGGACGGUGGUGAUGUACAUGGAGAUGGGCUGCUUCGUGGUGUGUGUGUUCGGGUGGAUCCUGGUGUGCUCCACCAUGCCCACGGAGAUCUGGACCUGGUCCGAGGUGGGCAGCAUCGUCCUGACCACCUCAAACUACUUCUCCAACCUCUGGAAGGACUGCAUCUCCGACUCCACGGGGGUCUCCGACUGUAAGGGGAUCCCGUCGCUGCUGGCGCUGAACUGGGACAUCCACAUGUGCCGCGCGCUGAUCAUCAUCUCCAUCAUCCUGGCCUUCUUCGGCUCCGUCCUCCUCCUGGUGGGGAUGAAGUGCACCAAGAUCGGAGGCUCCGAGAUCGCCAACGCCAGGGUCACGUUCGCUGCCGGGAUGAACUUCCUCAUCUCAGGUCUGUGCUCCAUGGUGGCCUUCUCCUUCUUCGGGAACAAAAUACGAUCGGAAUUCCAUGACGAUAACUUCAGAGCUCAAAAGUUUGAGAUCGGAGUGGGCGUGUUCAUCGGCUGGGCAGGCUCCACCCUAUUGGUCGUCGGAGGUCUGCUGAUCAGCAUCUUCUCUGGGAUGGAAGGAUGCCAGUCGAGCUCCAAGGCCAAAGGUGUCCCUAACGACAGCGUCCCUGAGGACUACAGAGCUAUCUCCAGCAAGGGGACCUACAUCUCGUCUAUAGGCUCAGCGGGGGACCUGGGGGGGAAGUCCUCCCAGGGUAGCAGUGAAGGAGGCAGGGCCAGCAAAGCCUCCUCUGUGACCAGGAGCAGCAAGACGUACUCCUCCAACGCCUAUGUGUGACCAGGAGAUGAACAUAUUGUUAAAGUUUAUUUUAGAUUGUAUUCCGUCGCCUGUGUAUUUAGUGUAUAUAUCCUGCUCUGUUUUUAGAUAUUGGCGAAUAAAAGUCAAGUAAAUAAUAAAGAAUGUUACUAUUA